AUGUACAAUACUUAUUUCUCUCAUCUAAGCGUAUUAUUCGUAUUGUUAUUGUUCAAUAAUCGUCAAAUUGAUUGUCAAGAUUCACCUUCUAUUUUACUUGUUGAUUUAACUCAAUUUGAUAUGAAAAAUGCUCUCACUAUUUCUGGCCAAUGUUGUGAUGGCUCAAUACCGUUAGGAAAUUGUUCAUCAGCUUUAUCCUGUAAUUUAUAUACGAUCGUUUGCUUAGAUUUUGUCUACAGUGGAUUGCAAGCAAAUUGGACUUUUUGUCCAUUGGGUUCUAAAUCAUUUCAACUAGCAGUAAAUUAUUCUGAUUCUUUAAAUUUUUAUUUAACAUCGACUGCGUCAACAUUUUUACCUCUUCAAUUUCCAUUGGCAUUAAUGUCUGAUAAUUCAAUCGAUAUUAAAAUUUUCAUAUUUUAUGAUUAUACAAAUAUUGGAAAUUUCACAUUAAUAAAUCAAAAUUCAUUAUUAAGUCGUUUUAAUACAACAUUUCGAAUUGAUUCAUCGUAUCCAUCAUUAUCAUCCGGAGUAUUUUUGAGACAAACACUUGUUGAUCAAUCAAGAAAUAUAACAACGACGAAUGAAUUAAAUAUUGGCUUAAUGAGUUAUUGCCAAGUGACUUACUACGGAAAACAAUGUUCUAUUCGAUGUAUUUCAAAUGAUGAUUGUACAAGUUCGUAUACAUGUGAUAAAAUAACAGGUGCAAAAGCUUGUUCGCCCGGUUGGUAUGGAGUUGAAUGUACAUUUCGAAAUGCAUCAUACAUUCAACCAAGCUGUGUCUCAACUGCACUGACUUGUGGCAAUGGUGGCUUCUGUCAAGUAUUUAAUAAUACAAAUCAGCCGACAUGUUGUUGUUCGCCUGGUUUUACUGGUCUUAAUUGCCAAUAUCUUUCAACAUGUACUAUGAAUGUAACUUGUUCGAAUGGUGGUUUAUGUAAUCCAGCGUAUGAUACAUUGUCACGUUCAUAUUAUUAUGUAUGUAGCUGUGCAACUGGAUAUGCAGGACUUAAGUGUGAAGAAAAACAACAAUGUUCACCUACAUUCAAUGGUCCUAAUUGCACUUUACCAUGUCGUGCACCGAAUUCAUGUUCUGAAGGUCAUUUCUAUUGUAAUGCUCAAGGUGAAAAAGAGUGUCUGCCAGGUUGGAGUCCAAUAAAUAGUUGUCUAACAAAAACUCUCCCUGCAAAUAUCGACCAAGAAUGUUCUAUUUCAACCGGUUGUCUUAAUGGUGGCUCGUGUUUUAAUGGUUCAUGUUGUUGUCCAUCCAAUUUUACGGGUAGUCUAUGCGAGACACCGAUGAAUCCAUGUGGUAUUAAUCCUUGUCAGCAUAAUGGUUUAUGCUUAAGCACAUCUACUGGAUAUCAAUGUCAAUGUUCACCUUAUAAUACAGGUUCAUUAUGUGAAAUAAAUUUAAAUCCUUGUGAUUAUUCACCAUGUCGAAAUGGUGCUCAAUGUAAUUUACUAGGCAACAUAACAUUUAGUUGUACAUGCCCGAUAGGUUAUACGGGUCAAUUUUGUGAUAUAAAAAUAGAUCAUUGUAGCUCUCAACCAUGCAAAAAUAAUGGUGUUUGUAUUAAUAUGAUUACAGGUUUUACCUGUAUUUGUUUAUCGAUUUAUACUGGUACAUAUUGCUCGAUUGCUACCGAUCCAUGUCUUUCCCAGUCAUGUGUUACGAGUAAUACAUUGAAUUGUAAUAAUAAUAAUAAUAAUACGAAUUAUCGAUGUUCGUGCCGAGAAGGAUUUACAGGUUCUCUUUGUGAACAAACAAUGAGUUCUUGUUCGUCAAUAUCAUUGCCUUGUAAAAAUGGUGGCACAUGUAUUGAUACCAUAAAUGGUUAUGUAUGUCAAUGUGGUGGUUUUUAUCAAGGUAGUGAUUGCAGUAUUCCAGUAGAUCCAUGUUCAAAUAAUCCAUGUAUUGCAUCCAAUUCUAUAUCAUGCCAAAUAAAAACAAAUGGUACAAAUUAUGAUUAUAGUUGUACAUGUCAACAGGGUUUUACGGGAAAUCGUUGCGAAACAACGUUAAGUCCAUGUGAUAGUAAGCCAUGUUCCAAAGGAACAUGUAUUGUAUCAACAUUAACAUGGAUGUGUGUAUGUGAACCUGGUUGGACUGGUGUUCAAUGUAAAGAUAACAUUAAUGAAUGCUUAUCAUAUCCAUGUUUAAAUGCUGGUGUAUGCAUUGAUGGUAUCAAUGAAUAUAAUUGUGUUUGUUUAACUGGCUAUAUGGGUAGUAAUUGUCAAAUAUCAAUCGAUUCAUGCUCAAGUAUUCCUUGUCAAAAUAAUGGUACCUGUGUGAAUAAUAUUGUAUCAUUGUCAUGUUUAUGUCCUGUUGGUUGGACAGGAAUGUUUUGUGAAAAUAAUAUAAACGAAUGUGCAUCAGUGUUAACCUGUCAUCCAAAUGCAACAUGUAUUAAUACGAUAGGUUCAUAUCGAUGUAUUUGUCCGAUGUGGUUAACUGGUUUAAAUUGUUAUACAACUGUUGAUUUAUGUGCAAGUUCACCAUGCCAAAAUAAUGGUAUUUGCAUCUUUGAUUAUGGUGGUAUACUAACAUGUCGUUGUCAAUCAGGUUUUACUGGGGUUUAUUGUGAAAUAAAUAUCGAUGAUUGUCAAGAACAAAAUUGUUAUAACAAUGGAACAUGUAUUGAUCAAACCAAUAGUUUUCUAUGUUUAUGUCCAUCUGGUUAUACUGGUUUAAGAUGUGAAACAAUAAUUACGCAAUGUUUAAGUUUACCUUGUCUAAAUGGCGGAACAUGCCGAGAUUCAUAUGUUAAUGCAAAUGCAACUUAUAUUUGUAUUUGUCCACCAUCAUAUACUGGUACACAAUGUGAACAAAUGAUAAAUCCAUGCGCUGAAUAUCCUUGUGGUUAUGGUACAUGUACUAUGAAUACAACAAAACUGCCAUCAUAUGCGUGUCAAUGUAAUGGUGGUUACACAGGUCGAAACUGUGACAUGCCUAUUGAUCAAUGUUCAUCAUUACCCUGUGGUUUACAUGGAACAUGUACGAAUUUAGUAACAAAUUAUAGUUGUUGUUGUGCACCUGGUUAUACAGGUUCACACUGUACAGACAUAAUUGACUAUUGUUCAACAGUUCCAUGUUCCAUUGACGGUUUACAGCAAUGUAUAUCGAUAGCAACAGGCUCGUUUGCUUGCAUAUGUAAACCAGGAUAUACGGGUCGUUAUUGCGAAAUAAAUAUUAAUGAAUGUUUAUCACAACCGUGUUUAAAUGGUGGUAACUGCAUAGAUUUAGUAAAUGAUUACGAAUGUUACUGCCCGUCUGCUUAUAGUGGAAGUAAUUGUGGACGUGUACAAGAACAAUGUACUGGUAUUGAAUGUUUUAAUGAUGGAAUAUGCAUUCGAAACGAAACUAGUUUUAUGUGUUCAUGUGCGAGCGGAUAUCAAGGUGAUAAUUGUGAAUUGGUUAUUAAUUAUUGUCAAUCACAGCCAUGUCACAAUGGCGGAAUAUGUUCGAAUACAAAUUUGGGCCCACAAUGCACUUGUCCAAAUGGUAUUACUGGUUUAAUUUGUGAAACAAUAAUUGAUCAAUGUGAAUCUCAAACUUGUCAACAUAAUGGAACAUGUCGAUCGCUUAUUAAUCAAUAUGUAUGUCUUUGUCCGGAUGGUUUUUUGGGUGAACAUUGUGAAACUGAAAGAAAUGAAUGUGAACCGGUGAACCCAUGCUUAAAUUCUGGACGAUGCCUUAAUAGUUUGAAUAAUUUUUCAUGCAUGUGUAUGCCAGGGUUCACGGGUUUUUAUUGUGAAAUUCAAAUUGAUCAAUGCCAAUCGAAUCCAUGUUUAAACGGAGGAAUAUGCCGAACAUUAGUUAAUGGUUACAAAUGCGAUUGCCUACUAGGAUAUAAUGGAACAAUAUGUUCAUCAAUGAUAAAUUAUUGUUUGAACAGUCCCUGUUUACAUAAUGGUUUAUGUAUAUCAUUAUUAAAUGGUUACCGAUGUGUUUGUCUUGAUGAUUAUAUUGGUCUAAACUGUGAAAACAAAUCGAAUGAAUGUCUAUCAAAUCCAUGCUUAAAUAAUGGAACAUGUGUAGAUCAAAUUUGGAAUUAUGAAUGCCAAUGUUUACCUGGGUAUACAGGAUCAAAUUGUCAUUUAUUAAUUGAUGAUUGCUCAAGUUCGCCUUGUGUCAAUGGUCUCUGUAGAAAGAAACUAAAUGGAUACGAUUGCAUAUGUUCAUCAUCAUCCUAUACUGGUAUUAAUUGUGAAAUUCGAAUAAAUAAAUGUGCGUCGAAUCCUUGCAUGUCAAAUGCAACAUGUAUUGAUGGUAUAAAUGCUUUUAUUUGUUUAUGUCCACCUUGGUAUUCUGGUUUAACUUGUUCUCAACAAAUAGAUCCAUGUUUAAGUGAAAUAACAUGUGCUAAUAAUGGAACUUGUUUAGUUAAUUAUGGUAUGGAACCUUACGGGUAUACAUGUCAAUGUUUACCAGGCUUUACAGGAGACAUGUGUGAAAUAAAUAUUGAUGAUUGUAUAACACAGCCGUGCCGUCGUGGACAAUGUAUUGAUAGAGUUAAUGGUUUCAUAUGUACUUGCUACUCGGGCAGUCAGGGUGUUCUAUGUGAUAAUCCAGUUAAUGCUUGUGCCAGUACUCCUUGUCUAAACAAUGGUAAUUGUACUACAUUAACAACUGGAUAUCAAUGUCAAUGUACAAGUGGUUUUCAAGGAAUAAACUGCCAACAAAUUAUUUCACAACCAUGCUUAAGUAGUCCUUGCUUAAACAACGGUACAUGUACAAUUAUUUCAAGUGUUGGUUUUCAAUGUUCUUGUCAAUAUGGUUAUACAGGUCCACGAUGUGAAUUAACAAUAAAUGCAUGUGCAUCAAAUCCAUGUCGUUUUGGUACAUGUCAACAAAUAGCACCAGGGUUUUAUUAUUGUUUAUGUUUGCCCGGCUAUACAGAUUUUAAUUGUCAAACAGAUAUCAACGAAUGUGCAAGUCAUCCUUGUCUAUAUAAUGGAACAUGUAUCGAUAUGAUCAAUGCUUUUAAAUGCAUUUGUCCAGGCGGAUACACGGGUGUACAAUGUCAAUCUGGUGGUUAUCAAUGCAAUUCUGGACCUUGUCUUAACAAUGGCACAUGUCUUGUAACUAGUACUGGUUAUCAAUGCAAGUGUUCAGUCGGUCUAACAGGCAAUCGGUGUGAAAUUGAUAUAAAUGAAUGUGCCUCGGCGCCAUGUCAAAAUGCUGGUAUUUGUCUACAAUCAUCAUUGAACUCUUAUCAAUGUCUUUGUCCAACUGGUUAUUCUGGUAUUAAUUGUGAAAUCACACUUGAUCCGUGUUUAUCUAUUGUUUGUUUAAAUAACGGUACAUGUAUAAGAACAAGUUCAACAACGGGGGUUUGUUCAUGUUUACCUGGCUAUACUGGUGUUGCUUGUCAAAAUCAAAUAAAUAAUUGCUUAAGUGCACCAUGCGUCAAUGGAACAUGUAUGCCUUUGGUGAAUUCAUAUAUAUGUUCUUGUUUUCCGGGUUAUACAGGUCAACGAUGUGAUUUACUAAUAAAUUACUGUUCAUCGAACCCAUGUUUAAAUAAUGGCACAUGCAUUAAUCAAAUAGGCUCAUUCGUAUGUCAAUGUGCAUUUGGUUUUCAAGGAACAACAUGUGCUAUACGUGUCCAAGCAUGCCAAUCAUCUCCGUGUUUAAAUGGUGGAAUCUGUUAUGAUAUUGGUCCAGGUUUACUUAAUUGUUCAUGUCCAGCUUCGUAUCAAGGACUUUUUUGUCAAUUAAAAAAUUCUUUUUGUACUCAAAUGCCAUGCCAAAAUGAUGGCAUCUGUAUAGAAACAUUAAAUGGUUAUCAAUGUAUAUGUAGGCCAGGUUUCAGUGGUGUCAAUUGUACAAAUAUUGUUCAGCCAUGUCUAUCAAAUCCAUGCUUAAAUAAUGCUACAUGUUCAGUACUACCGAAUGGUCUUGGUUAUCAAUGUUUUUGUCCGAUUGCUUAUGGUGGUCUGCGUUGUGAAUUGAGUAUAAAUUGGUGUUCAUCAAAUCCAUGCCAAAAUCAAGGAACUUGUAUUUCACAACCAACAUCCUUUGCUUGUCUUUGUCCAUCAAUGUAUACAGGUGUUGUUUGUCAAACAUUAAUUAACAACUGCUCAUUAUUACAAUGUGGCAUGGGCAUACCAUUAAUAACAAGUCCAACAGCUUGUACCUGUGCCUGUUCAAGCGGUUAUACAGGUAGUUCGUGUCAAACACAGAUCAAUUUAUGUCAAACAACUAUAGGCAUGUUCCCAUAUUGCAUUCGUGGGACAUGUAAUAAUCUUGGACCUGGUUUAGCUACGUGUAUAUGUCCAAAUGGUUAUAGUGGACUUCGUUGUGAUACACGAUUAUCCGAUGGUGCAUGUGCAUCAUGUCCUUGUUUGUAUGGGCAGUGCCAAAUUAUAAAUCUAACAAGUAGUUAUUCGUGUGCUUGUUAUCAAGGUUAUACUGGACAACGUUGUGAAACAUCAAUAAAUUUAUGUGUACCAUCACCAUGUUUUUAUGGCCAAUGUGUAUUAGAUGCCAUAUACGGUUAUCGUUGCAUAUGUUUACCUGGUGCCACCGGACAAAAUUGUUCUAUAUUAAUAAAUGCAUGUGUAUCGCAACCUUGUAAAAAUAACGGAAAUUGUGUACAAGGACUAAAUACGUAUCAAUGCAUUUGUUUGCCAGGUUAUGCUGGUAUUAAUUGUGAAAUAUUAAUUAAUCAAUGUGCAUCUUUAAUAUGUUUCAAUAAUGGUACAUGUAUUAAUCUUCCAACAACACCACCAAGUUCAAUAUGUCGAUGUUUACCUUUAUUUGCUGGUCUUCAAUGUCAAUAUCCAUAUGCACCGUGUACAUCACAGCCAUGCCAAAAUCUAGGUACAUGCAUAUCUCAAAGUUCAUCUUCCUAUUUAUGCUUAUGCCAAAGCGGAUACACAGGUGUCAAUUGUGAAAUUAGUCUUUAUGCAUGUUCAAGUCGCCCAUGUGUAAAUGGUGGUACAUGCAUACAACCAACAUCGAAUUACUAUCUAUGCCAGUGUUCAUGGCCAUUCUAUGGUGUCAAUUGUCAAUUAGCAUGUGAUCCAUGUCUAAGUUAUCCAUGUCGUGGACCAUCAUCUCAAUGCGUAUCAUCACCUGUUUAUUAUAAUUAUACAUGUAUAUGUGCUCCUGGAUUUACUGGUUUAACAUGUUCAACACCAUUUGAUCCAUGUAUAUCUUAUCCAUGUAGAAAUGGUGGUUCAUGUGUACGAACUGGUCCUUUAACAUAUGCAUGUGCGUGUCCAGCAGGUUAUAAUGGGACGUAUUGCGAAAUACAAAUUAAUCCAUGUUCAUAUUAUUCAUGUGCAACAGGUACAUCAGUAAUAGUAUCUCCAAUAAGUUGUCAAUGCCAAUGUCCAUAUCCAUACUAUGGUUCAUUAUGUCAAAUAAAUGUUUGUCAAACGAAUCCAUGUCUAGUUGGUAAUUGUAUUGCUAAUGGAACUUAUUCUUAUGUAUGCAAUUGUCCAGUUGGCUUUCAAUAUAUAAUGGGAGUAUGCGUGGAUAUCAAUGAAUGUAUAACAAUUCCUGAUAUUUGUGCCAAUGGUGGACGAUGUUUAAAUUCUUAUGGAUCAUAUUUAUGUUUUUGUAAUUCCGGUUUCUAUGGAGCAAAUUGUGAAAUUUAUGCUCCAUGCCAAUCAUGCCCUUGUAGCAAUGGUGGUACUUGUAUGUCAACAGGAAAUUACCCGUAUUGGCAAUGCAUUUGUCCAAUAUUAUAUACCGGUUCUCGAUGUGAAAUCAUAUCUCUUGGUUGCUCACCAAAUCCAUGUCGGACGGGGACCUGUGUAAAUCUUCCAAAUGGUACUUAUCAAUGUUUAUGUCCAGCAAUCAUGACCGGUACUAAUUGUGAUAUACCAUUAUUACCAUGUUCUUCAAAUCCUUGUUUAAAUAAUGCAACUUGUUUAACAUUAUCAUUAACAAAUUAUACAUGUGUAUGUCCACCAUUAUAUACAGGUUUACAAUGUUCUGUACAGAUUCUUAUUUGUACAAAUAAUCUUUGUCGAGGAAAUUCAACCUGUAUUGUUAAUUUGCAAACAGGCUUGCAAAUAUGUCAAUGUCCACCAGAACGUUAUGGUGUUUAG